AUGGAAAGCGGGCUAGUCCCUGCUUUGGGGCGCGCCAAGAAUGCAGCCCUAAGUGGACUAGCGCUCAUUCUCCGCACCAACACCGGACGCAUAGCGUUUGUCAUAAUCCUCGCUCACCUCAUAGUAGCGGUGUCGGGCCCCUGGAUAUCGCCCUAUCCGCCUACCGACUAUGACCUGCCAAAUCGCUUCAGCGGCCCCACCGCCGAACACUGGCUAGGCACCGACGACAAAGGGCGCGAUGUACUGAGCAGGGUCCUUGCAGGCUCUCGCUCUAUAAUCUGGAUAGCCACCGUCGGCACUGUCCUCGGCGUAACGCUGGGCACGAUUGUCGGCAUAAGCAGCGGUUACUUCGGCGGGAAGAUCGACCAAACCAUAAUGCGUUUCGUGGACUGGUUCCUCGCUAUCCCAUCGCUCCUGCUCGCCAUCCUGAUAAUCAAUAUGAGCAGGCAAUGGUUCAGCGGCUUAGACGAAUCGUGGCUCGUCAUAUUGACGAUCGGCGUCUCGUUCAUGCCCAACAACAGCCGCGUCAUAAGAAGCGCUGCGAUCUCCAUCAAACCCCUUGAGUUCGUGCAGAGCGCCAGGCUCCGAGGCGAACCGACGAUAUACAUCAUGUUCCGCGAGAUACUACCGAACAUCCUGCCAGUCGUGGCAGUCGAGGCAACCAUACGGCUCAGCUUCGCGCUGCUGCUGACCGCAGGGCUUGGCUUCCUCGGUCUUGGCGUACAGCCGCCCUCCUCCGACUGGGGGCUGAUGGUAAGCGAGAACUUCCCCUACAUCGGAAUUGUGCCCUUUGCGGCGCUCUCGCCCGGCAUCGCCAUGGCAUCACUCGUCGUAGGCAUAAACCUGCUCGCCGACGGCAUAAGGCAGGCGCAGAACCUCCCCGAAACCGGAGCGUGA